GUUGGAGUAGGACGCUGUGCAGGUUUUGUUGUCUUGUUUGUCACGUGUGUGUGUUGUGCUAUAAUGGUGAGAACGAAGAUUGAUUCCCGAAUUAAAACAUUCAUCGAAGAUGGUGUUAAAUUACAACACCGUACGAUGUUCGUUAUUGUUGGCGACAAAGGAAGAGACCAAGUUGUUGUUUUGCAUCAUAUAUUGACAAAGAGUGUUGUCAAAGCUCGCCCUUCUGUGCUUUGGUGCUAUAAAAAUGAUCUAGGCUUUAGCAUUAAUACAAAGAAGAAAAUGAAACUAGUUAAAAAGAAAACAAAAGCAGGAAGAGUUAAUAUUAACGAGGAAGAUCCUUUUGAACUAUUUAUUGCUUCAACAGAUAUAAAGUUUCGUUAUUAUAAACAAACUCAAGAAAUUCUUGGACGAACAUUUGGAGUUUGUGUUCUACAAGAUUUUGAAGCUUUAGAACCUAAUAUAUUAGCUCGUACUAUAGAGACAGUUGAAGGAGGUGGUCUUGUUAUUUUACUUCUACGUUCGAUGACAUCUCUUAGACAACUUUAUAAUAUGACAAUGGAUGUUCAUGAAAGGUAUAGAACAGAAGCCCAUAAAGAUAUUGUUGGAAGGUUUAAUGAAAGAUUUAUUUUAUCAUUAUCUUCAUGUGAGCGUUGCCUUGUUGUAGAUAGUAGUUUGAAUGUACUUCCUUUGUCAUCUCACAUUUUUAAUGUCAAUCCUGUAUGUGUUGAAAAUAAGUCUGAAACUAAUUCUGAAUUAAAAAAUCUUGUAGAUAAUCUCAGAGAUACGCAACCUAUAGGAUCGAUAGUAUCAUGCUGUAAAACAUUGGACCAGGCUAAGGCUGUUUUGAAAUUUAUUGAUGCGAUUUCUGAAAAGACUCUUAGAUAUACUGUCUCAUUGACAGCAUCCAGAGGAAGAGGAAAAUCUGCUGCCUUGGGUUUAGCUGUUUCGGCAGCUGUUGCAUUUGGUUACACCAAUAUAUUUGUUACAUCACCUUCACCAGAUAAUUUAAAGACUUUUUUCGAGUUUGUUUGCAAAGGUUUUGAUGCAUUGGGAUAUCAAGAGCAUUUAGAUUAUGGUUUAGUUAAAUCUACAAAUGAUAAAAGUGAUGAAGCCUUAAUCAGAGUAAAUAUUUUUAAGACAAACAGACAAACCAUACAAUAUAUUCAUCCAACAGAUGCUAACAAAUUGAGUCAUGCAGAAUUGCUUGUAAUUGAUGAAGCUGCUGCGAUUCCAUUACCUUUGGUCAAAAAAAUGCUUGGACCAUAUUUAGUUUUUCUUUCAUCUACCAUCAAUGGUUAUGAAGGUACCGGAAGAUCACUUUCCCUGAAACUUCUUCAGGAACUUAGAACACAAUCUAAUAGUAAUAGUAAUUCGGAUUUAACUAAAUCUUCAAACAGAACUCUUUAUGAAAUAACUCUAGAAGAAUCUAUUAGGUACAAAACUGGGGAUCCAGUUGAAGAAUGGUUGACAAAUCUUCUUUGUUUGAAUGCGUGUAAUAUUCAAUCAUCAGUUGGAGGUAUUCCAUCACCUAGCGAGUGUGAUCUUUAUUAUAUCAACAGAGAUACUUUAUUUUCUUACCAUAAAGCUUCUGAAAUGUUUCUUCAAAAACUGGUUGCUUUAUAUGUUUCCUCUCACUACAAAAAUAGUCCUAAUGAUCUUCAACUGCUUUCUGAUGCACCAGCGCACCACAUUUUUUGCCUUUUAGGUCCUGUUGAUAAAAAUAUGAAAAUUCUUCCCGACAUUUUAUGUGUUCUUCAAGUUUGUUUCGAAGGAAGACUCACUUCUUCAUUUGUUAAUGAAACAUUCAGUGCUGGAAGGAAACCUACUGGUGAUUUAAUACCUUGGACUAUUGGCCAGCAAUUUCUGGAUAGAAAUUUUCCAUCAUUGCCUGGUUUGAGAGUAGUUCGUAUUGCUACUCAUCCUGAUUAUCAGUCAAUGGGCUAUGGCUCCAGAGCUCUCUCUUUACUCUUAGAUUAUUAUAAUUUAGAAUUAUAUUCAUUAAGUGAAAAUACAGAAUCAGGUUUGGAUCAAAACACUUUAUCUGGUGAUUCAGGUGAAGGUUUGAUACAUGAAUCAAUUGAACCAAGAUCAAAUUUACCUCCACUUUUAAUGAAAUUAAAUGAACGACCUCCAGAAAGAAUUCAGUAUAUUGGAGUUUCUUAUGGCCUGACAUCAGAUCUUUUGAGGUUUUGGAAGAAAUCUGGUUUUGUACCACUGUAUGUGAGGCAGACACCAAAUAAAUUGACUGGUGAACAUUCUUGUGUGAUGAUUAGAGUACUGAAUAAGGAAGAUUGUUCAUGGCUAUUAGAGUAUUGGACUGAUUUCCGAAGAAGAUUUUCUUCUCUCUUGUCUUUUCAGUUUCGUGAAAUGCAGACUUCUCUUGGUCUUUCAGUUUUAAAUAACAAGAAUAUUAAAGGAACUACAGAACCCCUAACAAAACAGUUUUUAGAUUGUCAUUUAACAAAUUAUGAUCUAAAGCGACUGGAAAUGUAUUGUAAUAAUCUUGUUGAUUAUCAUUCAAUUAUGGAUUUGUUACCUACAUUAUCUAAAUUAUAUUUUUUUGGCAUGUUUAGUGAUCUGAAAUGUUCAGCUAUUCAAUCAGCAAUUUUGUUAGGCAUUGGUUUGCAACAUAAAACAAUUGAUGAGCUAUCCAAAGACUUAGAAUUGCCAACUUCUCAGUUAUUUGGUAUUUUUAAUCGCUCAAUGAGAAAGAUUCAGCAAUUUUUAGCAAACUUAACUGAGGAAGCAGUUGAAGAAACGUUAGGAUUAAAAAAUCUUACAUCUGUAGAUCAUGAAAAUGGUGUUGAGAAUCGUAUUGGUGGGCUGAAAGCGGAAAUGGAUGCUGACGACAAAAGUUUAAGGAAGAAGCAACGGAAAGAACUUGACAGUUUAAAGAGAGAGUUUCUUCAAGAAUAUGCCAUUCAGGGAACUGAUGAAGAAUGGAAUAAAGCUUUAUCUGAAGGUCCAGGCAAAACCCUCUCAAUAAAAAAGAGUGCACAGGUCAUGUCUGCAAACAAUAAAGUUUGGGAUGAACCAAAGAAAUUGAUUCCUUUUAAAAAAAGAAAAACUCACAAAAAAUAGUUGUGUUUAUUAUUAGAUAUUUAACUGUAAAAAAAAAUUUAACUUUAUCAAUUUUAAAUUAUGACUAUAAUUGUUUCCAG